GCAAAAUAACAAACCCACAUGAGCAGCGCAGAGCUUCCUGAGCGCAGUGGGGCCGCUGCAUCCGUUUUUCCCGCCGGUGACUCGAAGGAUGCGAUCUUGCUCCAGGAGGUCUCGACAAGCCUGCGAAGCAACCUAGAGAUCAAGGAUCGGCGCUCGUUCCUCCGAACGCACGCCCUCUGCUUCGUUGGCUCGGAGGCCGUGUCCUUCCUUGUUUCUGCAGGUCACGCGCCGACCCGGGACGCCGCCGUGUCGCUCGGGCAGCGCUUGUUAUGCAACCAAUUCAUCCGCGGCCUCUCCAACUCGGACGGGGCGUUUCUCGACAACAGCCAUCUGUUCCGAUUUCUAGAGGACGAAGCAACGCCUGUGCGCAAGGCGGCAGUGUCAACUACUCGUCCCUCUCCACGUCCGUCAAGAAGGAUCCGUCCACCUGCGUCUGCCUUUCGCGGCAUAUAUAGCGGUGGCAGGAGUUGGAUUGAGAGCAGCUUGUCUUCGUCCAGCUAUCGCGUCCAGCAAAAGAAUCGAUCCAUGGACGGGUACGAUCCAUGGUAUCAUCAUGACGAGAUCGCGUCGUCCGACGCAGCUGCUCGCACACAGUCGCUAGUGGACGAACAGCGCGCGGCACGGCUUCGCAAGUCGUCGUUUUGUCCCAUCGAGUCGAUCCUUGCCGUGGCGCCGACGUCGACCGUGGGGUUCUCGGCCACGUGUUCGUUUUACUUUUCCCCUCACACGACCCAUCAUUCGAUUGCCCUCACGGUGCCCAUCGUAACGGCCAUGAAGACAGCGUUCUCAUCGCACAAUAUGCACGCACGGGAAACGUCUGUACACAUGCUGCGGAACCAAGUGCUCAAGGCCGCCGACGCCUCCGACAAGAACUGGAUGUACUUGAAGAACAUCACCGGGCACCACGGCAACGACGUGCGCAUAUUCUGCCGGACGGCCGCGGGGGGGGUGCAGACCGUGCUCACGGUAGGCCCAGUCCACGUGGCGCCAUCCACGUUUGUUCAGCACUUUCUGGAUCCGUCUGAGCGCCGAAAGAUGGACGCGCUGUUCGAGUCGAGCCAGACGGUGGAAGACCUGCUCAUGGCGCAUCGACGACGCAACAAGCUGAAACAAAACACGGCGUACGUCCACGAAGUGUUUUCCAGAGCCGCCGCCGCGCCAUGGGUGGACGAGGCGCACCCGAUACCGGACGAAGUCGCGUGGGCUGUUCAACCGUCUGAAGCGAUGGCCGGCAUGUACCCCGAAGGAGAGAAGCAGCAGCACAUGUCGUCGAGUGGUGGUCGGGGCAAGACGGACGGAGGCGUCCAGCGCGUGCUCUACCGGACGAUGGCGUCGCCGUCCGCGGUCCUCUCAGCUAGAGACUUUGUCACGUUUCAAGAUUGCUUUUCCAUGGAUAAUGGCGCGCAUUGUGUGUACGAGAUCUCCGUGGAACAUCGCGACAUUCCGUCUAAAAUGGAGCACUAUACACGUGGCGAAGUGCUGUGUCUGGCGCACAUUGCCGAGCCGAUUCUUGGCAAUCCGAACGCGAGCAUGCUUACGGUGGUGACCCAAGUCGGCUUGAAAGGCAAAAUGCCGUCGUUCGUGGCCAAGCUGAUAUUUGAUCAGCUGAUCGCGCGCAGUUUUGACGCGCAGACGUGCGGAUUGGUUGUGGACGGGGCGUCGCAAAUGGAGACAUCGUUACGAGACGUCCCGUACGAUCGGACGGUGCCCGACGACCUCGUUCGAAGGAGUACGGGUGUCAGCACGUUGGACGACGAACGAGAUGCGGCCACAGGUCCCAAGGUCGGGCUAGACGACUUUGAAUUGCUGGCGGUGCUUGGUCGCGGGGGCUUUGCAAAGGUGAUGCAAGUCCGGCAUCGUCAAACGCACAAAGUGCAUGCGAUGAAAAUCCUCAAAAAAGAAGAAUUGGUCCACGACAUUCAGAUUGAACGCACACGGACCGAGCGCAGUAUUUUAGCGGCAGUGGAGCAUCCAUUCAUAGUCGCCUUAGCGUAUGCGUUCCAGGACACGAAGCGGCUGUUCAUGGUAAUGGACUUUGUCCAGGGCGGCGAUUUGUUUGCCCAUCUGCGCAAGUAUGGCGCCGUGUCGGUGCCCCGAGCGCGCAUCUACUUGGCCGAGAUCGCGCUGGCGGUGGCGCACUUGCACGCGCUAGACAUUGUGUACCGCGACCUCAAGCCUGAAAACAUCCUCGUGGACGCGGACGGGCACUUGAAGAUCACGGACUUUGGCUUGUCGCACUUUUUCGAUCCGCCAGAGUACGACGACGCGACCGACGUGCAAGUGACGCCGGCGUCGUGCGGUCGCAGCAACUCGCUGUGUCAAGUGACUCACUCGUUUUGCGGCACGGAAGCCUACAUGGCGCCGGAAAUGCUGCUCCAUCUGGGGCACGGGAAACCCAUCGACUGGUGGUGUCUCGGCAUCGUCGCAUGCGAAAUGCUCACGGGAGUCCAUCCAUUCCGAGGUGACUCGCAGAUGCGCCUGCUCUCCAACGUAGUCAACCAAGACCCCAUCAUCCCGCCGCAAGUGUCCCCCGACGCGGCGAAUCUCAUCCACGGACUACUCUGCAAACAGCCGCGACUUCGCCUCGGCACGGUCGGCCGCAAGUUUGAAGAGAUUAAAGACCAUCCGUUCUUUGCCGGCUUGGACUGGGACAAGGUGGCGGCCAAAGGGUACGCAAUGGAGUUUGUCCCACCAAUCGAGAACGACUUUGACGUGAGCAACUUUGGGUCGCAGUACACGAGCGAAAAGUUUUCUGGCGCGCAUUCCAGCGCGUGCUCGACGUCGGACGCGUCAUCAUUCAACGAUCCCCACCAUCCCCAUCAUCCUCAGCACCCUCAUCCCAUCAAGCACAGCCACGAAGACUCGACCAUGGAUCCCAACUCGUUCGUCGUGACCAGCCAGCACCACCCGUCGUCCGACUGGAGCAGCCACGGCAGCCAGUAUCGCGGGUUUUCAGGGUUUUCGUACGCUGGGCCACCGCAAGGGUUGAGUGACGAGACUGGGCUUUAACACGACUAUAUUUAGCGCGUGGACGAUCGACGGGUCGUGCGUUUGUUGGCUGGUAGCUGCAAUUCGGAGGAUGCAGAUCGUUUUGGGCGCUUCUUCGUUGGAGGCUUGGCUUUGGGUGUCGUUGAACGAGAGGAUUGGGCGGCUUGUUCGAGCCAGAGACAGAGCUGCACUUGUUGCGCUGUCCAAACGUGGCCGCCGUCGUCGGUGAUCGAUUCGUUCAACGCGCUCGCUUUGGCUUGAACGGUG